UUUCUUCUUAGUGGAUAGUUGGACACAUGUUUUAAAGUAAUUAAAAAAAAAUUAAAUAAAAAAAAAUAUAAACAAAAAUCUUGAAAUAGAAUGUCCGAUGCGCCCGCUAAGGAAAACCUAUUGAAAAGAUGUUUUCCGGCACGCUAUGUAUUCGCAUUCCUGGCAAAUAUCGGCAUGGCCAUUGUCUAUGGCCUGAAGGUGAAUCUCAGCGUCACCAUGGUGGCCAUGCUCAAUCACACGGCCCACGGAGGGGACAAGACAAAUAAAACUGACUCGAAGCAGGAAGAGUGCAAGCCGCCGGAUGGCAUGUCUCAAGGUGGUUCCAAUGAGGACGGGCCGUUCACGUGGAGCGAGCCGCUGCAGGGCACCCUGUUGAGCUGCUAUUUCUGGGGCUAUAUGGUCUCGCAGAUACCCUUGGCCCGGAUUGCCGAGUUGUUGUCGGCCAAAUGGGUAUUUUUCUUUUCGGUGGCUGCCAAUAUUAUUUGCACGCUGCUCACGCCGAUCUUGACCAAGCUGCAUUACGGCGGACUGAUUUGUAUGCGCGUCAUUGAGGGCAUCGGCGGCGGCGCCUCGUUUCCGGCGAUGCAUAUCAUGAUCGCCAGCUGGGCGCCGCAAGCUGAGCGCCUGCUGAUCACCUCGCUCAUCUAUGUGGGCACAUCGGCGGGCACGGCUGUAUCGAUAAUGAUGUCCGGAGUUUUGGCCGCUAAGCUAGGCUGGGAAUCGGUGUUCUAUGUGAUGGGCGGACUGAGCUGCAUUUGGAUGAUCUUGUGGAUAAUCUUGGUGCAGGAUAAUCCCAACAAGCAGAAACUAAUGACCGCCAAGGAGCGUGAUAUGAUAAAUAGCUCAUUGGGCACGGGCGGUGACAAAGGGGAGGCAAAAAAGAUGCCCUGGUGCAAGAUCUUCAAAUCGUGUCCAUUCUGGGCCCUACUCAUUGCGCACACCUGCAGCAAUGUCGGCUGGUACAUGUUCCUCAUCGAGAUACCGUUCUAUAUGAAGCAUGUGCUCAAGUUCAAUGUAUCCAAAAAUGCAAUCUACAGCGCCCUGCCCUAUAUACCCAUGAUGAUAUUCAGCGUUAUUCUGAGCAAAAUUUUGGAUACACUACAAAAUCGCGAGAAAAUCAAUAGAACAACUGCCCGAAAAAUCGCGACGGCCUUCUGUUCCAUUAUACCAGCUGCCUGUCUGGUUGGUUUGUGUUUCAUUGGAUGUCUGCAUUAUGUGGCCGUGGGUAUUAUGUGUCUAGGUAUUAUCAGCAUGGGCGCCAUGUUUUGUGGCUUCCUAUCCAAUCACAUGGACAUAUCCCCGAAUUUUGCUGGCACUUUAAUGGCUUUGACAAAUACUGUUGCCACUUUGCCGGGCAUCAUUGUGCCCCAAUUGGUUGGAUUUAUCACUGAAGGAAAUCAAACGAUUGGAGCAUGGCGUAUAAUCUUUAUUGGCACGGUUGUUGCGCACCUAAUAGAAUUUAUAGUCUUCACCCUAUUUGGUAAGGGUGUACCGCAACCGUGGAAUGAUGGAUAGUUCAAGAUAUCGCAGCUUUUAGCUUGUAAAAACCAUAUUUUAAUCGCUUGCAUGGGCUUUUUCGAGCCUUACUUCUUUACGUGUUGAUUGUUGAAAAAGAUAGUUUUAAUAUGGGUUAUAUUUAUGGAUAAGUAU